AUGGCCCUGCUGGUGGAGGUCAGUGAGGUGCUGGGCCUUCGGUGGCGGCUGCACGACCUGCCCGGGGCCGAGCAUUGGGGUCACUUGCUGCCUAACGGCUCCUACAGCGGCGGACUCCUCUGGGACGUGUCCACAGGCAGCGCCGACGUCGCCUUCUGCGCCGUCUUCCUUCACCCAGAGCAGGCUGCGGUGGCGGACAUCGGCUUCCCCUGGGGGAACGUGUGCACCGGCUUCCUGGUGCCGCGCCUGCUGCCCAGCGCCGUGUCGGCCGUGGUGCAGCCCUUCUCUGGACCUCUGUGGGCCUCGCUGCUGGCGGCCACGGCCGCCGUCUCUGCGAUCCAGUGGGCGCUGCACGCCGCCCACUACAGUAUUACGGGAGAACGAUCCGCCUACACGUCUGCCACGGUGAGCGCGCUGUCGGUGGCCAGCACUCUGUGGUGGUCGAGCGCUCCGCGCCCGCGGCUGGUGGGCCGGCCGCUACAGGCCUGCUGGUCGCUGACCGCGCUGCUGCUGGGCUGCCUCUACAGCAGCCGGCUCUUCUCCACGCUCACCGCGCCGCGCGAGCUGCCGCCCCUGGACACGGUCGCCGCCAUGAUGCGGCACGGCUGCACCUGGGGCAUGCCCACCAAGAUGUCCAUAGACUAUAUCUUCAACCCCGAGCUGGAGAACCAUCGGCAGCUGGCGGCGUAUUUCCGCUUGGAGGACCGCGGCCUGAAGACGCGGCUGGAGCGGCUGUCUGGAGGCAGGUAUGCGGUGCCGGGCCUCUGGAUGGAGCUGGGCGGCGAGCCGUUCUUCCAGGAGAAGGGCGACCCUCUGAACUCCGCGGACGCCGGCGUGCUGCGCCGCCUGCGGCUGUGCAGGGAGUGCGUGCUGCGCUACCCCGUGGGCGUGGCCUUCCGCAAGGGCUCCCCGCUGAGGCCGGCCUUCGAGGUGGUGCAGCGCCGCCUGCUGCAGGCCGGCAUCCUCGACCACUGGCACCGGCAGGUCGUGCGCCGGUUCGGCGACCGGCGGUACCGCUGCGUGCUGCGGCAGGACUGGUGCGAGAGCUCUGGGACCGCGGCGCCGCUGGCGCUGCAGAGCCUCGGCGGACCGCUGGUGGCGUUGGCGGCGGGCUGCGUGCUUGCCGCGGCCGCCCUGCUCUCCGAGCUGCUACGCCCCCGCCGCGCCUCCAGACCGGCGUCGAAAUUCUGCAAGCCCAACGGAUACCGUCUUAAAAGAAUCAGGAACGCACGAGGGCUCUCACAGGUAUAUCCAUUUCUACCCUGA